GGGACGCGGCCACCGCCCCACAGCUCGCUCCAAGGACACACAUCCGUCCCUUCCCCGUGCGUGUCACGGGGCGCGGUGUCGCCGGCGGUGCCCACAGGGAGGAAGAGGGCGGCCACGAGCCCUUCCUCCCCGGCAGCCUCUCCCGGGACCACCUGGGGCUGCCUGGCGCCACAAGUCGCUGUCCUUGUCCCCUCCUGCGUGCCUCUGGGCUGUGGGUUGGACAGGUCGGCUGGUGGCCCCGAGGUGGCCGAGGGAAGGAGUAACGUGCCCGUUGCCAUUGUGGCCAGCCAGGGCCUUCGUCAUUUCUGUCACCUCUGAGUCACAGCGGUGACGAUGAGCCGGAGGAUGGUCACGCAUGGACUCGGCACCGAGAGUUUCGGGGGGGCUCCAGGGCAGCAGCAAAGCUGUGUCCCCACGUCCCCAUCCUGCCAAGCAUGAAGGGGUCCCCAUGCUGGUCCCCCCCGUCCCCCUGCUCGGCUGGCGGUGCCUCCUGGGGGCUCUGCGCUCUCCUCACACACUUCCUGCCGUCUGUUUCCAAUUCCUCCUGGCGUCUGCUCCUCCCUGCUUUAUUCCAAUUAGGGAAAAAAAAAAUUCCAAAUCCCAGGCAUCGUCUCAGCGUGCAGCUUGCAGAGGCUGGAGCUGCUGAGCCUCGCUCGGGAGGGCUGGGGCUGCACCAGGAGGGGACAGAGGGUGCCCCUGCUGCCCUGCGGCGCUUUUGGUGCACCAGGGAUCAUCCCGAGGGAUUGCUGUGCCCAGGUCUUUCUCCCGAGGUUCUCUCUGCUCCAGGGUUGGGUGUGGGGAGCUCAGGGAGAUCUAAGGAUGUGUCCCGUGUGGAAUGAUGCCCUGCGUGGAGCUGAUCCCGGGGAGAGCCAAACUGGGCACAGGGUCACGUUUUACAGCUCGCUGGGAUGAAAUCUGGUGCCCGGCCACAUCCUCAAAGCCUGACCGUGUCCCUCCCUCCUCUCCCCUAGGAGUGACCCAUCAGUGACGCCGGUGGGAUCCCGGCUGUGGAGCCCCAGCUGUGAGCAGCAGACACGGGACCCAGCGUGGCACAGCCUCCCCUGGUCGCCACCAUGCCGAUCCUCAAGCAGCUCGUGUCCAACUCCGCGCACUCCAAGCGCCGCUCGCGGGCUGACCUGACGGCCGAGAUGAUCAGCGCGCCCCUGGGGGACUUCCGCCACACCAUGCACGUGGGGCGCGCCGGGGACGCUUUUGGGGACACCUCCUUCCUCACCAGCAAGGCCGGGGAGCCGGUGCCUGAGGUGGGAGAGGAGCCGGGAGCCUCCAAGCCCAGCCUGCUGUCCCGCCGCUUCCGCAGCAGCAAGCGCUCGCAGUCGGUGACGCGUGGGGACCGCAGGGACAUGCUGGGCUCGCUGCGGGACUCGGCGCUCUUCGUCAAGAACGCCGUGUCCCUGCCCCAGCUCAACGAGAAGGACGUGGACAGGAGCGCGGGGCAGCUGCCCAAGAGCCUCUCCUCCAGCCCCGUGAAGAAGCUGCCCGAGGAGACGAGCCCCGAAGAGCAGCAGCGCCCGAACGGGCACAUCGACCUGGGGCCCUCCAUGCUCGGGGACGUGCUGAGCAUCAUGGAUAAGGAUCAGUGGGAGCAGGACGAAGAUGCCGAGGCGGAGGAGGAGGAGGAGGAAGAGGAGGGGGAGCCUGCCCCGCCUGGCUCCCCGCUGGUGGCCGUGGCGGCCCCGCCGAGCCAGAGCCCAGCCCGUGGCGCCGGUGGCCGCAGCCCCAGGGACAGCAGUCCGGCCUCCAGCUGCACCUCGGGGCCCGAGGAGCGCAGCCCCGUGCCCCGGCCCCCGAGCCAGCGGGCAGGGCCCCCGAAACGCCCCGACAAGGAGUUCUCGUUCGCUGAUGAAGACGAUGACGAGAUCCGGGUAUAAAGGUGGGAGCCCAGCCGAGGGUCUGGUUCUCACUGCGGUUGCUUGGACACAGGGCUGAACACCCCAACUGGUGGCACUGGGCAAGACUGGACUCCUGCCUCGUUCUCUCUCUGUGCUGCAGCAGGACAGCGCUCUGCUCUCGGGGCUGGGGGCUUUCCUGGCAGCCCCCCGACAGCUCCAGCACUUCCUGGCAGGGGGAAGCAGACUUGAUUUCGAUUCUUUCUGUUGGACUUUGGAUACUAGCUCCUUUCUCCUGCCCCCUGGCCCGUGUAAAGCGAUUUAGGAUCCAACAAGACGAGCCUUUGGAGUUUUAGCCCCUUUAGUAAUAUAUAUAUAUUUUCCACCA